AUGAACAUCACCUUCGUCUUCGUCGGGCUUUUCACCCUGUUUGGAGGGACUGCAGCGAUUUUUGAGGAUUGCAUAUUUCAAAGCAACAGUUGGUGUGGCGGAGGACCACUAUGGGGAUGUGGCCUGCUCGGACCGGGGUUCCGAAUUAUCGGACCCCUCGUCUCGUCCAAGGACGAGGCUGAAGGCCUCAUCAAGGAGGUAACGACCAAGUACGGCGUGCUCAACCCCGUGAUCUGCCCGUUGACGGGACGAUGCCCGACUUUUGGCUUUGUGGCGCUGUGCUGCAGAAGCCCGCGCCAGUAUUGC